AUGGACAAGAACACUAGAUAUUUCCAUAACAUAGCCUCAGUAAGAAGAAGGAGCAAUCAGGUUGAUGCUUUAGUAAUAAAUGAAAUAUUGGUGAGAAAUCAAGUCAGAAUCAAGAUUGCUAUCCGAGACUUUAACAAGAGCUUGUAUCAUCAGGAAGUGUUGCCAUUGAUAGGUUUUCAGGAUGGACUAGUUAAUCGGAUUCCGGAUGAGGAGGUUGCAAAAUCAGAGAGGAUGUCAUCGGUUGAUGAGAUAAAGGAUGCAGUAUGGGAUUGUGAGUCGUCUAAGGUUCCUUGUUGUGAUGGGUACAAUAUGAACUUCAUUAAGAAGUGUUGGAGAGAUAUUGGGUCAGACUUCACUAUAGCUGUCAUGGAUUUCUUUCAGUUUGCUACCCUACCAAGGGAUUCUAAUGUCACAUGGGUGGCUUUGCCUCCAAAGUUUGUUGGAGCUAAGGAGAUUAAGGAUAUUCGGCCGAUAAACAUGGUAGGAUGUGUGUAUAAAGUCAUAUCGAAGGUGUUAAUUCGGAUAAUGAGGAGGGUAAUGCCAGGAUUGGUUAGGGAGACUCAGAGUGCUUUUGUGAAGGGAAGGAAAAUCCAUGACAAGGCUUUGAUUGCGUGUGAAACUGUGCAGUGGCUAAAGAUGAAAAAGAAGAGCUUAGCGAUAGUUAAUUUGGAUUUUCAAAAAGCCUAUGAUAAAGUAAGGUGGAGCUUUGUGGAUAUUAUACUUCAGAAGAUGAGAUUUGGGCAAAAAUGA